UAUUGAUAUUUAUAUUAAUAUUAUUCUAUUGCGUAUUCAGUGGCUCAGCAUUAUUCAUUUUUUUUUUCAAAUUCUGUGUAACCCAUCCACUUCUUUAGCUUACAUAUAAAGAAGUACAAUAUAUAUACAAUGCUUUUUUAUACAAUAUGUUAUUUAUGGCAAUCUUAAAAUUUCAAUAUUCUUCUUUUAAGCUUUUAAUAUUGAAAUGUUUUAAUUGUGGGUCUUCUGUACUUAAGGCCAAUGCUGAUAUUACUUUGUAGGAGAUGUAGUUUAAUUAAAACUUCAUGAUUGCUGUUCAGACAUCUUUUCCAAUUAGUUUUUUAAAAAAUAUUUAACCAUGGUCAGAUUCAUUGUAUGAAAGACUUUCACUGCAAUUGCAACAGUGGUUUUAAAAAUAUCCAACUUCUUUAAUGGCAAAGGAAUUAUAAAAGUUGUGCUCUGAAUUUUGUUUUGAGUCUGCUUUAAUCUUAAGUAAUAGUUUGUUGUUGCUGUUGUGGUUCAUCUUGAUGCAUUGGAUAGAAAAAGAUAUGUAAGGACUGGUUUAGGUGUUCAUCCUUGGUCAGGUUAUAGUCUGUUUUGUGUACAUUUACAUCCUUUCAGCACAUAAGCCACUCUUGAGAGGCACUCAGGUUUUCUUUUUCAUUUAUUCGGAAUAAAUGAUUUUAAUUAAAGCUGUGCAGCUGAAACUUUUUAAUAUCACAAAGAAAUAUCCUUCACAGCAAAAUCCCAGGAUCUUUUGUUGUGCCACAGGGUUGGUAUUUUUUCCUGAAUUUGAUAGCAAUUUUUUGAGGUGGCUUACUGUUCUUCAAGAGAAUGCACUUUGUUGAUUAUGGUUUCUUUCUGUUUGCAGCUGAAUUUUUUUUUUUAAUUUGAAAUGUGUUUUUUUAUCUCUGUCAAUGAGCACAUCUCAUAUUUUUUCCUGGUGAGUGCAUAGCUCCUUUUGGUCCAUCUCCUAUAAGCCAUUAAAUAGAAAGAUAUUUCCUGGCAAAAAUUAUAAAAGGCCAUAUUCUUGUGUUUUUUAAAUUCUGAUGUGCAGUGACAAUUAAAACCGAGAUAUAACCUUUAGUAAGCUUAACAUGUAAAAGUCCAUAUUUGGUGAGGCAAACCUAUACAAACAUCACCUAAGCACAGGCUCAGUGAAGGAAACACAAAGUGGUUUUUUAUUUGUUUUUCUAAAACUUAUGUCAAGUUCAGUACUACUUAUUUGUGGUAAUCUGUUAACCAGUCUGAUUUUAAAAGCUUACUUAAACAUGCUGUUGUGAAUGCAUGUCUUACCCAUGAGUUGCAAACACCUUUUUAGCUACUCUUUCAUAUCCAUUAUUUAUGAAGUUUGGGUUUGUAUGAAGUUUGCAGUUUAAGCAGGUUAUCUGUGAUUUCUCCUUAAUCUAAAUGUAUCCAUAAAUCUCAGUGGUCUGUAUUUGAACUUUAUUUUAGUAGAAGUUGCUAAUUUGAAAUGUGCUUACUUAAUGUGCUAACUUAGUGGUUAUUCAGAAAAUUUGAACUUGGUAGAAAUCUCCAUCUUAAAACCACAAUAAAAGCACCAGAAAAGUAGGAGAGACUAUUCAUUUUUAUUGCAUGUUAUGCACCUGGAGAGUUAGUUGGACAGGGUUUGGCAAUGGAGCUUAUAGAAAUGUGAUCCAAUGCAAAUAUUUUUCUCCAAACACAUGGAUGUUGUCCUUAUCUAUAUUGCAAUCUUGCUAGAAACAAAAAAGUACCAGUAAUUAUUUUGACCCUCCUGAAAGACACAAAUAAAACUCACAUGUUGCUUUAAACAAAAUUGAGUGUGGGUUUCUAAAUGCUUGACAUAAUUUUAACAUGUUAAAAGGCUUUCAAAAAUUCUUAAAAACUUAAACAUCUGCAGCAGGAGUUGGACAAAAUAUUAUAGAUCAAAACUUCUCAUUACUUUUCAAUUUCCUGUUCAUAUGUUAAGCUUGCAUUUUUGGGUCUAACUCAGGACUGGUCAGGAUUAAAGAAAGUCAAAGGGAGUGUCAAAUACCUUUGUUGCAGCACGCAGAACCAUGAAGCACCAAAGUUUCUCUUGGUGAAUAAAUGUUUUCAGCAAGUAAAACAAGAAAAACAUGAUGAUUUGAGUGUGGGGACUGCAGCAUGUCUGCUGUUGACAUUUCUUGUAUUGGUACAAGCAUAUGAUUUUGUAUAAUUAGCUGCUUAUCAACUUGAUGUCUGCGCCAUGGCGUGUCUGGACUUUAAGUCUUGUUUCUAAGAAAUAAAUCAAUUGACUGUCAGUUAGAUACCAAUUAGAUAAAGUGCUUAGUAUUAAUCAUUUCUUUAUGUGUUCAAAAGCGUGACAAAAGCCAGUGACAGUGAAAUAGUGUAUUGUAGAGCUAAACAAUUUGAGAUAAAAUGUUCUUAUAAAAUUGUUAAAGAAGGAAAUGAGGGGACAGAGAAACUGAAAUAUGCUAAAUAAAUUGAUUUCAUUACACAUUGUAGAAAAUCCUUCAUUUCAAUUGUUUUUUUAGAAAGGAUUUUUCCACUUAUUCACAACUAUAGAUAGCAAUAACAACAAAUAAAAUUGAAAUAAUUAGAAGAUGUAAAUUCCCCAUGCACCUAGAUCUAAUCAGAACUCAAGGUAUCAAUUUUACAUGUUAUCAACUCCCUGUGUUUAAAAACGGCUGAUGAUUAGAAAAGGUUUAGAACAAAAUUAUCCUUUAAAACUCAAAAUAAUUUGCUUAGUGCUCUGAUGCCAAACUGCCUAAAACAAAACUCUCUGAUAGCUUUCAGUGAUUUAUCUGUUAGGUUACAGAAUAAUUAAAAUGUAAGCGUGUAAUAUAAAAGUAUAUCUGGAAAAAAAAUACAUUUCAAAACACCCAUACUUUUAAAUUGAACCCAGUUGACGUUAAAUUAUUGCUGAAAAAAAAUUACUAAAAUCCACGAUAAGCCUGCGUUCCGUUUCCAAAUUACGACGAAAUACUAUUUGUAUACCUUUUAUGUCGUUCAGCUGAACUCAAGAUGUCGCUGUGCACCAGCCUUAAAUAUAUGUCUGUUCUUUUGUUGAUUUAUUUCAUUCGCCGUUGAGCUGUUGCAGAUAAAGACAGUGCGGAUCAUUUGCGGAUCGCUUUUGUUCCAUAUCUUGUCGCUACUAACCUACGUUGACUGAUGUAAUACCAUUGCUUAUAUUACACCAAUUUCUUUAAAAAAAUGGAUUUGAACAUAUUUGUCCUUCUGUCGUGGAGCUGCUCGUUUUUUCUGCUGCAAACUGCGCAUGGAGACAUGAGCUAUUCUUUCCCGGAGGAGAUGAAACGAGGAUCAGUUAUUGGAAAUAUCGCCAAAGAUCUCGGGCUGCAGACAGGAGCGCUGUCCACCAGAAGAGCCCGCAUUGACACCGAGGAAAGUGAUAAACGUUACUGUGACAUAAACCUGAAGAGCGGUGAGCUGAUUGUGGCGGAGAGGAUUGACCGAGAGGAGCUUUGUGGCGAAAAGGCUUCGUGCAUCUUAAAACAAGAGCUCGUUUUGGAGAAUCCUCUAGAGCUGCAUCGGAUCAGCCUUAAUGUUCAAGAUGUUAAUGAUAACUCUCCGCAGUUUGAUGAGGAAUUAACCAACCUAGAAAUUCAUGAGCUAGCAGUAAGAGGAACUCGCUUUGUGAUAGAGGAGGCGCACGAUGCGGAUGUAGGACAAAAUUCAGUUCAGCAGUAUAGCCUUGAAAAGAACGAAAAUUUCAUUCUGGCUGCUAAUGGAAACACAGUGGAGCUUGUUUUAGAUAAGGAGCUUGAUCGAGAAAAACAGAAAGAAAUUAAUUUACUCCUUACAGCUUUAGAUGGCGGAUCUCCUCAGAGAUCAGGUACAGUGGUCAUACAUGUAACUGUACUGGAUGCUAAUGAUAACGCCCCAGUGUUUAGCCAGGCCGUUUAUAAAGCCAGUCUGCCUGAAAACUCUCCUAUUGGUACUUUAGUGAUAACAGUGAGCGCAACUGAUGCAGAUGAGGGAGUGAAUGGAGAUGUGACCUAUGAUUUUGCACACAUUAAUGAGGAUGUUAAAAAGAAAUUCACAAUUGAUCGCAAAGUAGGGGAAAUAUGUGUAAUAGAUACUGUAGACUAUGAAGUUACAACAUCAUAUGAAAUACGUGUAAAAGCAAAGGAUGGUCUGGGGAAGUCAUCAUAUGCUAAGGUCAUUAUUUCUAUCACUGAUGUGAAUGACAACGCCCCUGUAUUCAGUCUGAAAUCACUGACCAAUCCCAUACCAGAAGACACUCCAGCUGGUACAGAGGUGGGCAUCAUUAAUGUACAGGACAGAGACUCUGAGAAUAACCGACAGGUUCGCUGCUCCAUCCAGCAAAAUGUCCCUUUUAAGUUGGUUCCUUCUAUUAAAAACUAUUAUUCUCUGGUGACCACAGGACAACUGGACCGUGAACUAGUAUCUGAUUACAAUAUUACAAUCACUGCCACUGAUGAAGGCUCUCCUCCUCUGUCCUCCUCUAAAACUAUUCAGUUAUCUGUAGCUGACAUCAAUGACAACCCACCUGUGUUUGAGGAACAGUCCUACAGCACAUAUGUGAGUGAAAAUAACAAACCUGGCUCCUCUUUAUGUACUGUUUCUGCUAGAGAUCCUGACUGGAGACAAAACGGUACAGUGAUUUAUUCUCUGUUACCUGGUGAGGUGAACGGUGCCUCGGUGUCCUCCUAUCUAUCUGUUAAUGGAGACACAGGAGUGAUCCACGCUGUGAGGUCAUUUGAUUAUGAACAGUUCAGGAGUUUUAAAGUCCAAGUGAUGGCCAGAGACAAUGGUUCUCCUCCACUCAGCAGCAAUGUGACUGUCAGUGUGUUCAUAUCAGAUGUGAAUGACAACUCUCCUCAGAUAUUGUACCCAGCACCAGAGGGCAGCUCCUUCAUGACUGAGUUGGUCCCUAAAGCUGCACAUGGAGGGUCUCUGGUGUCUAAAGUGAUAGCAGUGGACGCAGACUCUGGACAAAACGCCUGGCUUUCAUAUCAUAUAGUCAAAGCCACAGAUUCUGGACUUUUCAGUAUUGAUUUGCACAGUGGAGAGAUCAGGACACAGCGAGACAUUUCAGAAUCUGACAGCAUGAAACAGAACCUGAUUGUUGCAGUGAAAGAUAAUGGACAGCCCUCUCUGUCUGCCACCUGUUCAAUGUUUUUACUUAUUUCUGAUAACUUGGCUGAAGUGCCAGAACUGAAAGACAUUUCUUACGAUGAGAAGAACUCCAAGAUGACUUCUUAUCUGAUCAUUGCACUGGUUUCUGUGUCCACCUUCUUUCUGACCUUCAUCAUCAUCAUCCUGGGUGUGAGGUUUUGUCGUAGGAGAAAGCCCAGACUGUUGUUUGAUGGAGCAGUAGCCAUCCCAGGAGCUUAUCUACCUCCUAAUUAUGGAGAUGUUGACGGUACAGGAACUUUACGCAGCACAUAUAAUUAUGAUGCCUACCUGACAACAGGAUCCAGAACCAGUGACUUUAAGUUUGUAUCAUCUUACAAUGACAACACACUGCCUGCUGACCAGACUCUGAAGAAAAGUUUGAGUGAUUUUACUGAGGCUUUUGGAGAACUGGAAGGAUUCUCAGAGGUAUGA